AUGUCGCACUUUCUCUACUUGACUCCACAAAUUCUUCUGCCUUUUAGCCCUCUUACUUCUCAGGAGUUUGAUCUGAUCAGACGCAAGGCUGGGGCAUCUUGGCAGAAUGAAACGAGAUGGUCAGAUUCUUCUCUGACAACCUACAAGGGCAGUUACCGGAGGAAAGAACUGGAUAAAUCCACAAGCAGCCAAUUUUGUUUGGAAGCGGGAAAGCAGAGGCCUGAGAGUCGCCAGAUGUCAUCGCCAAGGGCCUCUGCCCACAGCCCCACCCUCUGCAGGGCUGAUCCCCAAGACACUGCAGGUGAUAAAGGACUAUUCCCUCAUAUCACCAGUUCCUUUAAAAAGCCACAUGAUGUCAAGCACAGAGUGGCACACCAGAUUCUGUUUCGUGAUCUUUCUUCAGUGACCCCAAAUUAUGAAAAACCAUAUGUGAGAAUGAAAAAGCCAGCAUCCAAGAACCUGGUGAAGGCCAAUCAACGGACAGUCUUCCUGAGAUGUCUUUCCAGUGGGAAGCAAGCUGCAAAGGGGAUUGGAGUUUCUCUUGUAGUGUUCAAAUUUCCACCUGUGAUUGGCUGGGUCCUGCCUCUUGCAAACAAGGCAUUAAGUUCUCAGACUGUCCUCCUGGGGGACCCACACGGGUGCCUCGUCCAAACUGGUUACGGCUGGGCGCACACUCUUCAUGUGGCUGUUCUGGCACCUGCAUCUACUGUCCCCAUGCCCCCUGACAUGGCCCUCUAGAGCAGGGGCUGCUCUGUCUUGCCUGAUCAGACUUUCUUAAAGCCCAUUAAUUUUUUUUAA